GUGUUGGCGGCCGGGUCGUGAUCAACAACAACAGGCUGCUGACCACAAAGGAGGCCACGGGCGAGAUCCAUCCACCUUCACUGAGGCAUCAUGGGCGGAGCUGUGAGUGCCGGGGAGGACAACGACGACUUGAUUGACAACCUGAAAGAGGCUUACUACAUCCGCUCAGACCUGGUAGAGCGGGCUUUCCGCGCCAUUGACCGCGCCGACUACUACCUGGACGAGUACAGGGAGAACGCCUACAAGGACAUGGCAUGGCGACAUGGAAACAUUCACCUGUCAGCUCCAUGCAUCUACUCCGAAGUCAUGGAGGCUUUGGACCUCCGCCCUCGGCUCUCCUUCCUCAACCUGGGCAGUGGGACCGGCUACCUCAGCACCAUGGUGGGCCUCAUCCUGGGACCGUUCGGAGUGAACCACGGAGUGGAAUUACACGCUGACGUCAUCGACUACGCCUACCAGAAGCUGCACUCCUUCAUCACGACCAGCGACACCUUUGACAAGUUUGAGUUCUGCGAGCCAUCCUUCGUGUUGGGCAACUGCCUGGAGAUCCCCCCGGAGAGCCGUCAGUACGACCGGGUGUACUGCGGGGCGGGCGUGCAGAAGGACCACGAGGACUACAUGAAGAACCUGAUCAAGGUGGGCGGCGUCCUGGUCAUGCCUCUGGAGGAAAAGCUGACCAAGAUCAGUCGCACGGGACCCAACAGCUGGGAGACCAACAAGAUCAUCUCCGUGUCCUUCGCUCCGCUGGUGCUGCCCAAACGCAACAUGGACGCCAGAACCAAAGCUGUUCCUCUACCAAAGUACGAGGUGCGGACGCUGCAGGAGCUGGCUCGCUUCUCCAUCCGCCACACGCUGCGAGCGAGGGCCAAGUGCGGCUCCUCCUUCAGCGUGGGCCGAGGCCUGGCGGUGGCCGGCCUGCACAAGUACGGCCCUCGCUUCAAGCGCCGCCGCGUCCACCGUCGCCGCUGCAACACCCUGGUCUUGGCCACGCGGCAGACGCUCGGCGCCGUCGGCCCCGCCCCUCUGGACGGCAACAACAACCAGGGCGGCAGGACGGAGGACGAGGAGGACGCCCGGAGGGAGAGGAGGGGCGCCAGGAGGACCAACGCCAGGCCCCGAGGAGCGGCGGCGGAGGAGGAGACGGAGACGGAGGAAGAGAGAGAGAUGGGCGAGCUGCUGCGCGUGCAGCCGCUGGUCAACGUGCUGAGGCAGAAGAUUCUCUGCUUGCCGCUGCCAGAACCGCUCAAGAAGUUCCUCCUCUUCUACAGGAACAAGUGACCAUUCCACACCAUUCCACUGACCCCUAAUCUACUUGUCUGAAUGUACAGAACCUCCCCUUUUGUAUAGAACAUCCACUUACUACAGUGGGGAUCAAAACUAUCUAGUCAGCAAGUUC